AUGGAAAUAUGAAAUGCGCCUGAGUAUAGACUAUGCAGUCAGCAGUUUCCAGGGUUUGAAUUUAUUAUUGAAGAGGCUGUUAAAGAUAUGAUAAAUCAUGUAAGGCAGUUUGAGUCCCAUGACUAUAUAGUACAGCAUGACAAAAUUUGCUACAAAGAAAACGACGGAGUUUCAUUUAAUAUUGUUUAUGGAUAUAAUACAUUAUUUGCAUACUAUUUUGAGAAUGAAAAGGGAAAUAUAUCUCAAGAAAGCUUACCCAAAUUAAUAGUUUACGGACACUUUCGUGAUAAUUCAAUUUAAAAAAUUUAUAAGAAAUAUUAUAUAUUAAAAUUUGUUUGAUAAAAUUUACACUGAAAUAAGAAUUUAUUUGCUUUUAAUUGAAAGGGUUAGAAGAAAAUAUAUUUAUUGGAAUUAAGUGUGGAAUGUUUUCAUUUGCAGAAAUUCCUCACAAAUUCAAUUACAUUAUGGGAGUCACUGGAACUCUAGAAACUUUAGGUGAUUAUGAAAAGCAUAUUAUAGAGAAUGAAUAUAACAUAAAAUUAAAUACCUAUAUGCCAUCAGUGUUUGGGGAAAGCAAUCGUAUUUUUAGAAAAAACUUAGACAUUUAUGUAGAAAAUAAAGACAAUUACAGCAUGAAGAUAAUGUCAGAAAUAAAUAGCCAAAUAGGAGGCAAAAAAGCAGGUUGCAAAAGAGCUGUAUUGGUAUUUUUUGAAGAUGAAAAAAAAUUAAUGGAUUUUUAUAAUACUUCGAACCUAAAGAACACUGAUUAUGAAAUUCAGCUCAUGACAGAAAGUUUAAGUGUAGAUGACAGAGUUAUGAUGAUUAAAAAAGCCACAGUUCCAAAUACAGUAUCAUUAUUAACAAGAGCUUACGGCCGAGGAAUUGAUUUUAAAUGCCAAAAUCAUGAAAUUGAGACCAAUGGAGGAGUGCAUGUAAUCCAAGUUUUUUUUUUCAGAAAAUAUAUCAGAAGAAACUCAAAUUAUGGGAAGAUCUGCAAGGCAAGGCCAAGAAGGAUCAUUCAGCAUGGUCCUUUUAGAUAG